AUGGAUGUGAAGCACGUGGAGGGUUGCGAGUACCACGCCAGGGAAAGUGACCGAGAAUGUAAAGACGAAGUGAAAAAAGUGAUGGACAAACUUAUAUAUGAAAGGAAGAAAAAUUUUCAAGGACAAGAUAACUACUGUCGUAAUUCAUCCGUGAGUAUAUGUCCAAAUGUGUACUGCAACAUUUACACAGAUCUCCACAACUGGUUUGGAUUUAAAAACUGCAAAAAAAUAGACACCGAAUCAUUAAACACGUGCUUUACAGACAUAGCCAAUGGGGGGGUAGGUUACUAUGAAAAACUCAUCGUCCUGGGAGGAAGAAUAUUAGAACUAUACAGUGAGUUGCAUUUUUUUAACAAGUAUAAUUACGAGAAGGAUGAGGAAGUUGUGCAAGAUUUACGUACCAUCAAAUCGGUAAAGGAAGUUGUCUUCCAAUACUUGUAUGUACAGAAGAGAAAAAACAGAGUCAAUUACAAAAAUAGCUUAUACCUAUUUGGCUACUCUUAUUUGUAUACUCCUCUAUUUUUCAGAAACAAAAAUUCCAUCAUAAAGUAUGUUAAAGCAUGUAUAGCGUAUGCUGUAAAAUUUAGUGGCGCGAAUAUAUUUUCUUGGAUGCCUUCCUUGAUAGAACAUAUCUAUUACUCACAGAAGGUGAAGGCAUCCGAGGUGGAACAGGAAAACGAACUCAUACAAGACCUGCAGGAGUUUUUUGGUUACCAGUUCGAUUACGUGUUGCCACGAAUAGCCGAGUGUUUCAGUCAGCAUAAUUUGUAUAUUAACAGUUCUCACCUCACGGGUCUGCAAAUCGUGCGCAUUUUCGCGAACGAGUACUUUUCCCUGUUGGCCGACGACGUGAACAUAGAGGGGAAGGAAAAAACCACGUGGGUAAGGGAAGAAACGGAGGCCUUCCUAAACUCCCACUGUAUUGAAAUAUUUAGCGGCUGCAUGCUAUCUCUACAUAAGUACCUCGGCGAAAAGGCAGUAAAGGUGGGUAAAAUAAAGAGCAUCUUUGAAAUGCUACUGUCCUCCUGUUGGGUACUAGGAAGUGAGAAAAGAAACAAAGUCUGGGCAUGUGCCCUUGUGCAGAGGUUAAGGCAAGUACAGCUCCUCACACAGAUCACCACCAUCGAGAAGUGGUCCUACAGUAUCAAAAAGUAUAACGACCUGAAUAUACAAAAUUUUGUAAAAGACAUAUACAAUUUUAAUAACAUAAAUGGGAGUGUCUUGUCUCCUUUCCAGUUGCAAAACGUCAACAUUUAUCUGCCCCCCAAGGAGGGUCCUCUGAAGGAAAUCCCCUACUACACUACGUUGGCCGAUAGGUACAAGGAUCGGUUCCCACGGCCCGAUAGUGCCACGCAGGGGGGUAACCCAAACAGCAACAGCAGAAGUAACGGAAACUGCCAACUCUAUGACGUCAUAAAUAACAUCACCAACAACAUAUAUAAGCGCUUCAGACCGAGGAAGCCCAGGAAUAGAGGCUCCUCCGACGUCACGCGUUUGGUCUACACGAACAGGGAUGACUGCCCUCCAGACAUGAGUUACCACGACCUGAAGGCCAGCCUCGCCUCGGACGAUUCGACCAAGUACGACGCUGCGCAGGACUUGGACUUGGAGGAUGAAGAGGAUGACACCUACGGGGAGGAGGAAGACCCCGUCAUGCCAUACAGCGCAGAAGAAGGAACCCACGCAAAGGGACCAAAAACGGGAAAAAACGGAAUCCCUGUAAAAAUAAAAUACAUUAAAGACGCGGCAGACGAUCGAAACUCCAAGUACGUCAUAGAGAUUCCCAAGCGGGACUUGGCGGGCCGGGGCAGCAACAACCACGUAAAGGCAGUUCUCUGGGGAAAUGGCAAAAAGGGCCUGGAAAUCAAACUCCCCUCCGAGAGUGACCUCAUGCCGCAUGUGCGAAUUAGAUGA